GAUGAGUGGCGGAUGGUCACCCCACCUGGGCCAGCCACCUAUUUUUUUCGAGUGCAAAAUAACAAAAAAAAAAACGAAAAAAAAAAAAUAGAAAAACAGGGCCAUCAGCUUGAGCCCAAAAUAUUACAAUUUUAUGCGGUUAGCAUCAACAUGAGUGUGCUGCCGUUCAUACGCGGUGUGGACUUUACCAAAAAUGACUUCAGCGAAACAUUCCCCAGCAGCAUGCGGCAGAUGUCGCGGGUGCAGUGGCUCACUCUGGACCGCACGCAGCUGGCGGAGAUACCCGAGGAGCUGGGCAAGCUGCAGAAGCUGGAGCAUUUGUCACUGAACCACAAUCGGCUGGAGAAGAUCUUUGGCGAGCUAACGGAUCUAACAUGUCUGCGCUCGCUGGAUUUGCGCCACAAUCAGCUGAAGAACAGCGGCAUACCGCCGGAGCUCUUCCACCUGGAGGAGCUGACCACGCUGGAUCUCUCGCACAACAAGCUGAAGGAGGUGCCCGAGGGCUUGGAGCGGGCCAAGAACCUGAUCGUCCUUAAUCUCAGCCACAAUAACAUCGAGAUUAUACCGACGCCCCUGUUUAUACACCUCACGGAUCUGAUAUUUCUGGAUCUGUCGCACAAUCGACUGGAGACCUUGCCACCGCAAAUGCGCCGGCUGAUCAACCUCAAGUCUCUGGACCUGUCGCACAAUCCGCUGGAACUGUUCCAAUUGCGCCAGCUGCCAUCGCUGCAGAGUCUGGAGGUGCUCAAUAUGAGCGGCACUCAGCGGACACUCCUCAACUUCCCCACCGGCCUGGACAGUCUAGCGAAUUUAAGUGAAUUGGAUCUGUCCCACAAUUCGCUGCCGAAGCUGCCCGAUUGUGUGUACAAUGUGGCCACCUUGGUCCGGCUUAACCUGAGUGACAACGAGAUCAACGAACUGAGUGCAGGCGUAGAGCUGUGGCAGCGUCUGGAAUCGCUAAAUGUGUCACGGAAUCAACUGGUGGCCCUGCCGGCGGCCCUCUGCAAGCUGCCCAAGCUGCGACGACUCUAUGUGAACGACAACAAGCUGAAUUUCGAGGGCAUACCGUCGGGCAUUGGAAAGCUGGGUGCUUUGGAGGUCUUUGCGGCGGCCAAUAAUUUGCUGGAGAUGGUGCCCGAGGGUCUGUGCCGAUGCGGUGCUCUAAAGCAGUUAAAUUUAAGCUGCAAUCGUCUGAUCACACUGCCCGAUGCCAUUCACCUGCUGGAGGGACUGGACCAACUGGAUCUGCGCAAUAAUCCGGAGCUAGUGAUGCCCCCCAAGCCCAGCGAGGCGAGCAAAGCCACCAGUCUUGAGUUCUACAACAUAGAUUUCAGUCUGCAGACGCAAUUGCGGUUAGCUGGAGCCGCUGUGCCGCCAUCCAUUCCUGCGGCGGCCACGCCCAAGGAUUCAACCGCCCGGAAGAUUCGAUUACGACGAGGUGGUCCCCGCUCUGAGGGGGAUCAGGAUGCUGCUAAGGUACUCAAGGGCAUGAAGGAUGUGGCAAAGGAUAACGAGGCCGGUUGCCUGCCGGAAGAGGUGGGAAAGCCGGAGUCGCUGAAGCCCAAGCGAUGGGAUGAGUCCCUGGAAAAACCACAGCUGGACUACUCGAAAUUCUUUGAGAAGGAAGACGGCCAGCAGCCCGGUCUGACCAUCUGGGAAAUCGAGAAUUUCCUGCCCAACAAAAUCGAGGAAGUGGUCCACGGAAAGUUCUACGAAGGCGACUGCUACAUUGUCCUGAAAACCAAGUAUGAUGACCUCGGUCUGCUUACCUGGGAGAUUUACUUUUGGAUCGGCAACGAGGCCACCCUGGACAAGCGAGCCUGUGCGGCCAUUCAUGCGGUAAAUCUGCGGAACUAUCUGGGCGCGCGGUGUCGCACAAUACGCGAGGAGCAGGGAGAUGAGUCCGAGGAGUUCCUGGCUCUAUUCGACACCGAGGUGAUCUACAUCGAGGGCGGUCGCACUGCCACUGGUUUCUAUACCAUUGAGGAAAUGAUCCAUAUCACCAGAUUGUAUUUGGUGCACGCCUACGGCGCCACAGUUCACUUGGAGCCGGUGGCUCCCGUCUACAGUUCCCUGGAUCCCCGGCACGCCUUCGUCCUGGACCUGGGUGCACACAUCUACAUCUGGCUGGGCGAGCGAUCGAAGAAUACCCUCAACUCAAAGGCCCGCUUGAUGGCAGAGAAGAUUAGCAAGACGGAACGGAAGAAUAAGUGCGAGAUAAUGGUUGAGCGGCAAGGCGAAGAGAGUGCCGAAUUCUGGCAGGGAUUGGAUAUGACGCCGGAAGAUGUCGCUGCCGCAGAGCCGCUGAAGGAGCAUGUUCCCGAGGACUACCAGCCAGUGCAGCCGCGCCUCUAUCAGGUGCAGCUGGGCAUGGGCUAUCUGGAACUGCCACAAGUGGAGCUGCCCGAGCAGAAGCUUUGCCAUACCCUGCUCAACAGCAAGCAUGUGUACAUCCUCGACUGCUACACGGAUCUGUUUGUGUGGUUUGGCAAGAAAUCGACGAGAUUGGUGCGCGCAGCCGCAGUCAAGCUGAGCCGGGAGCUCUUCAACAUGAUGGAUCGGCCGGAGUGUGCCUUGGUGAUGCGUGUGCCCGAGGGCAAUGAGAUGCAGAUCUUCCGCACCAAGUUCGCCGGCUGGGAUGAGGUCAUGGCGGUGGAUUUCACGAGGACAGCCAAGUCGGUGGCAAAAACUGGAGCCAAUCUCACACAAUGGGCAAGACAGCAGGAGACGCGAACCGAUUUGGCAGCUCUGUUUAUGCCCAGGCAAUCGGCCAUGCCACUGGCCGAAGCGGAGCAGCUGGAGGAGGAGUGGAACUACGACCUGGAGAUGAUGGAGGCCUUUGUGCUGGAGAACAAGAAGUUUGUCCGUCUGCCCGAAGAGGAAUUGGGCCAUUUUUAUACCGGCGAAUGUUACGUCUUCCUCUGCCGCUACUGUAUACCCGUCGAGGAGCCCGAACCCGGCCAGGAGGAUGGUACGAAUCCUCAGGACGACAGUAAAGCCAACAAUAGCAACCAGCCGGAGGAUGAGAUCCAAUGUGUUGUCUACUUCUGGCAGGGUCGCAAUGCUGGCAACAUGGGAUGGCUCACCUUUACCUUUACGUUGCAAAAGAAGUUCAAGGCGAUGUUUGGCGAGGAGCUGGAGGUGGUGCGGAUUUUUCAGCAGCAGGAGAACCUCAAGUUUAUGUCGCACUUUAAGCGGAAAUUCAUUAUCCUGACGGGAAAGCGGAAGGACAAAGCUCUCACCGCCGACGGCAAGGCGCCCGUUGAGUUCUUCCAUCUGCGUUCCAACGGCGGUGCGCUGACCACGCGGCUCAUCCAAAUUAAUCCAGAUGCAGUGCAUCUCAAUUCGGCCUUCUGCUAUAUACUCCAUGUGCCAUUUGAAACGGAGGACGACUCGCAGUCAGGGAUUGUUUACGUGUGGAUUGGCAGCAAAUCCUGCAAUGAGGAGGCGAAACUCAUCCAGGAUAUCGCUGAGCAAAUGUUCAACUCGCCCUGGGUUAGCCUGCAGAUACUCAACGAAGGCGACGAGCCAGAGAAUUUCUUCUGGGUGGCGCUGGGCGGCCGUAAGCCAUAUGAUACGGACGCCACAUAUAUGGACUAUACGCGUCUCUUCCGAUGCUCCAAUGAACGGGGCUACUAUACGGUGGCGGAGAAGUGCGCUGACUUUUGUCAGGACGAUCUGGCCGACGAUGACAUCAUGAUUCUGGAUAAUGGCGAGCACGUCUUCCUGUGGAUGGGGCCGCGCUGCAGCGAGGUGGAGGUGAAGCUGGCCUACAAGUCCGCCCAAGUGUACAUCCAGCAUAUGCGGAUAAAGCAGCCGGAGAGGCCAAGAAAGCUAUUCCUCACGAUGAAGAACAAAGAGUCGCGCCGAUUCACCAAGUGCUUCCAUGGCUGGAGCGCCUUCAAGGUGUAUUUAUAAUUUUAAGAAAUUGAAGGAGCGCUCCUUACUCAAAAUUUUCAACAAGAAUCCACACCUCAAGGUAGUUUUUAAAGUUUGAAAGUGCUGCCUUUAAAGGACUCUCUUAAAUGAAAAGGUGCGUCUCGCUGCUCUUUUUGUGCACCUAAUUAUUUUAAAUCUUUUGAGUUACGCCGAAUUUUGAAAAUUUAAGACAGCGCGCCAUUAAGUUGCAAAUUUCAUCUUUUUUGUUGUUUGUAAUUUAAAGAGAAGUGUACAUUUAAUUUUAAACAAGCUUAAAGACCACCUGCAAGGUGCCCGUUUAAUUUUAAACAAUUAAAGAGCGCAUCCCGAUUGUGGUUUAUGGGAUGGGGAUAGCUUGGUUUAAGGCAGCUGCCGUGACAGAGCAGUUGCCUUAUACACAUGACAUGAACAAAAACCAGGAAACAAUGAACAGAAACAUAUAACAUAAAAUCAAAAUAACGCCCAUCUAGAUCGCGACAAGAAAAUGUUUGUACUUUUAUAAAAUGUAUUUAAUUGUUUUGUAUAAUUAUUAUAAUUUUUUAUUAGCUCACUUGCUCCCCGACCCCUAAAUAAUUAGCUAACAACUCCAACAACGCCAAGUAUUCGCCCCACUCUUUACGAGAAAACCCUAUACCUUAUAUAUAUAUAUAUAUAAAAUGCAUAUAUAUAUACAUAUAUAUGUACAACUACAAAUACGCAAUAUUUAUAUACAUACAUACGCUGAGCCGAGAGGAUUACUCCUUGUGCUAGUCCUUUUAAAAUGUUAACCUACUUAAAGCUAGCCUGUAAUAAAAUCGAAAGAAAACUAAAAACUAAUUGUACAAAAUGUCCACGUAUU